CUUUCAAGAUGUUGUACGCGACGCUGAUGCUCUCUGCGCUUGUAGUUGCAAUAGCUAAAGGUACAGACAACCCCUGUGAGAUUAAUGUAUGCAAUAAUGGAGGAACAUGUAUCCACCUGUAUGAUGAUAACGUGGUUUGCUCAUGCGCAAUCGGAUACAGAGGUUUAACGUGUGACGAUAAAGAGUUUUAUUUCACUGGCAAUAGCGAUGAUCCAUGUGACCCUGAUCCAUGUGAGCACGGAACUUGUAAGAAUUUAAAUAAAAACACAAUCCAAUGUGUAUGUGAUGCUGGAUACAGUGGACGAUUUUGUGACGUUAAUCCCUGUGAUGCGGAUCCAUGUAAAAACGGAGGAGUAUGUUUCACUAAUGGUAUAGGAUACUACUGUGCGUGUACAGAGUUUUCUUACGGGAAAAAUUGUGAAGCUGUAAUUGGCUGUCCAGACACCACCUUACUGUCUGGGGAUUGUGAGGAUACGUGUUCUUCGAUAGGCUGUUCAACUGGACAAAUCUGCUGCUCAAAUGGCUGCGGAAAGGAAUGCAUGCAGCUUGUCAUUGAUACUAAACACGCAUGCACAGACAACCUGUGCCAAAAUGGGGCCACUUGUGAGAUCGUUGAUUCUCUCCAUUACCAAUGCAAAUGCCAGUCUGGAUAUACAGGGCCAUUUUGUGAACAAUGUUUAACCAAACCUAAACCUUGUGAUGCCAGUCCUUGUUUCCAUGGUACCUGUUAUGACAUUGGAGACAACUAUUAUUGUGUCUGUGAUACUGGUUACAGUGGCUCCACCUGCUAUCACCAAAACUACCCUUGCACAUCCCCAAAUCCUUGUGUAAACGGGUUUUGCGGUGUCACUUCUGAAGGCUAUAAAUGCUUUUGUAUGAUUGGUUACACUGGAGAACAUUGCGAUGUUUCAACAAACCCUUGUGAUACCAACCCAUGCCAUAAUCAUGGAACGUGUAUCAAAAAGAGUCAGACAACAUACACCUGUGACUGUCAGUAUGGAUAUACUGGGCUAAGAUGUGAAGUGUUUUCACUUAAAUACUUUUACAUACCUAAACAGAGAAAUGCUUGGUUAAAACAUUAUUCGACACUUUAA